CCGAGUGUGUUGAAUAAAGAUAAGAUGUGCUCAGAUAGGUGUAAUCGGCAUUUUCCUGUUGAUGCUGUCCGAUUUGGGUUGCAGAUGAAAGAGCGGUUCCCCCUGGUCACCCUUCGCAAAGGUCUGAAUAAUGCGGCUCCAGCGAGGGAUUUCAUUGGAACACUCCGAGAGAGGCAGCAGGAGACGGGCUUGCCUGCGCUGAUUGCAGAAGUGAAGAAAGCAUCUCCCAGCAGAGGAGUGUUGCGUGAAAAUUUUGACCCAGUUCAAAUUGCACAGUCCUAUGAGAAAGGAGGAGCCGCAUGCCUUAGUGUUUUGACAGACAGCAAGUACUUCCAAGGUAGCUUUGAGAACUUGAAGUUAAUUCGGGACUCAGGUGUUCAGUGUCCUCUACUAUGCAAGGAAUUUAUAGUCGACGCUUACCAGAUAUUCUUCGCACGGCUGAAGGGCGCUGAUGCCAUCUUGCUUAUUGCCGCAGUGUUGCCAGAUCAAGACUUGGAGUAUUAUAUUAAGAUUGCAAAGUCUCUUGGCAUGGCAGCCUUGGUGGAGGUCCAUACAGAAGAAGAGAUGGAUAGAGUGUUAGCGUUGGGUGGUGUGGAGCUGAUUGGCAUAAAUAACCGCGAUCUUGGUACUUUUGUGGUAGAUAUACAAAACACUGCAUAUCUGCUGUCUGGUGAACGGGGUCAGAAAAUAAAGGAGAAGGGUCUUCUGGUGGUGGGAGAAUCUGGUUUAUUUACUCCGGACGACAUUCAUUUCGUUCAAGAUGCUGGUGUGGGUGCGGUAUUGGUUGGAGAAUCCCUGGUGAAGCAGAGCGAUCCUGCCGCAGCAAUCACUGGCCUCUACGGAAGGGAUAUUUCAAGGGUUGUUUCGCGAUGAGAUAGAUGGGUUCCGUAUGACAGCAUGUGAGGUGGAGAAUGUGGCAAGCUCGCUCCUGUGAGUUGCACAGCUCGUUCCUGAAAGCAGCAGCUUUCCACCUAUCUGUAGCUUAAACAGGGGAGGAGGAAGGAGGGAGGAGGAGGGAGGGGGGGGGGGGGGGGGGGGGCAGGGGCACGACUUUGCAAGUCUGGACACACAGAGGAGGGCCUGUUGGUCGGUAAAUGUGUGCAGGAAGUUAGCGGCGGCGGCCGAGAACAGACGAUCUUCUUUCUGUUCCAAAAUAUUCUGCGGCGCUUGCCGCGCAUUUGAAAUCCAGCCACAUACAUUGCUUGCUCUUGUGGCAGAAUAGCUGGGAGAUGAGGGACGGCGCGGUCACCAUGGAAGGGCUACGAUCAGAAGAGAAGGUGGGGAGGUAGGGAUCCAUAGCAGGAGGUACAGAAGGUUGGGAGGUAGGGAUCUAGACCAGGGAGGUAGGGGGAGGGAGCAUGAGCAUGUGUGCGUUUUGCAUGCACACAGCGCACAUGUGCAAAAAAGCUACUAUCCUCACCCGAAUGGAAUGCACGGUCGGUUUUGCGGUAUUUGGGCAAACUUUCAGUCUGUGUGUGCUUUUUUUUUUUACACACAGCUCACAUGUGCAAAGCUACGAUCGUCACCCGAACAGAAUGUGCGGCCAGUUCAGCGGUAUUUGGGCAUCACUUUCAGUCCAGGUAAUGGUAUGACGGUGGGUUAUAAUAGUCCGGUGAGAAGACAGCUGGUUGUUUGUAACUUCUUUUGUGUCAUUUUGUCCAUAAAUGAUGAUGAUGAUGAUGCAAAGGACUUGAGCCCAUCAGCAUCUACUGGACUGAAUCAUAUGGGUGAACCACUGACAGCGUCGCUUGCCCCUCCCCCCCCCCACCCCCCUCUUCCUUUGGGAUUUAUCCCUGUCGCAACGGGAUUACGCGUUUUGUGUCCACCAUUGGUGUUUGUAUGUACAGUACUGCAGUGUCAAUCG